AUGGAAAGGCUAGAUGAGGAAAGGGAGGAUAGAAAAAAGCAGUUAAAAGAACUCAAGACAGAGUUUGAAAAGAUAGAAAGAAAGAAUGCCGAGCUAGAGAGAAAGAUAGAGAAGAUAGAGGCGGAGAAUCAGGCGGGGCGGUCGGCCAGUAACAUCAAAUGGAACGAGAUGGAAAAGAAAAUUGAGAACAGCGAAAAAAAGAUGGAAAAGGAAACGGCGAAUAUAAAAAAGGGAUUAAAAGAGAUGAAAGAAAAGUUGAUAGCCGAGGUGGUAGAAGAAAAUGAUGCCAGGACCUCUAUCUCUACCUCUAUCUCAAGGAUGGGGGAGGGAGCAAGGAUUGCGGAAAUUGAAGGGUAG